CUGAAGGAUCUCAUCUACGACAUGACAACCUCCGGCUCCGGCUCAGGCUUACCUCUGCUCGUACAGCGCACCAUCGCCAGGGGAAAAUGGUGCGGGGAAGACGUAGCUGUGAAAAUCUUCUCCUCCAGGGACGAACGGUCGUGGUUUCGGGAGGCAGAAAUCUAUCAGACGGUUAUGCUGAGGCACGAGAACAUCCUGGGCUUCAUUGCUGCCGAUAACAAGGAUAACGGGACGUGGACGCAGCUCUGGCUUGUCUCCGAGUACCACGAGCAAGGGUCCCUGUUCGACUACCUGAACAGAGGCACGGUGACGGUGGAGGGCAUGGUCAAGCUGGCCCUCUCAGUGGCCAGCGGCCUGGCACACCUGCACAUGGAGAUCGUCGGCACCCAAGGCAAGCCGGCGAUUGCGCACCGAGAUCUGAAAUCGAAGAACAUCCUGGUGAAGAGGAACGAAAGCUGCGCCAUCGCAGACCUGGGCCUGGCGGUGAAGCACGACUCGGUGCUCAACACCAUCGACAUUCCCCAGAACCCCCGCGUGGGGACAAGGAGGUACAUGGCUCCCGAGAUCCUUGACGAUGUGAUGAACACCAACAUCUUCGAGUCCUUCAAGCACGCAGACAUGUACUCUCUUGGGCUGGUGUACUGGGAGAUAGCCCGAAGGUGCUCCGUCGGAGGGGUCACUGAGGAAUACCAGUUGCCUUACUAUGACGUUGUGCCUUCUGAUCCUUCGAUAGAAGACAUGAGAAGGGUAGUUUGUGAGCAGAAGCUCAGGCCAAAUAUUCCGAACCAGUGGCAAAGCUGUGAGGCGCUGCGAGUGAUGGGCAGGAUAAUGCGGGAGUGCUGGUACGCCAACGGCGCGGCGCGGCUCACCGCCCUGCGCGUGAAGAAGACCGUUUCGCAGCUCUGCGUGCAGGAGGACUCCAAGGCCUGA